AUGAAUUUGGAUUAUUUUCUCGUGACUACUGGAAUUUUGGUCAUUAUAUCCAUUACAAAUGCCCGUGUAGGUCGAGUUAGAUUCGAAAGCAGAAUUUCUAUGUCCAAUCGACCUAGCAGCAGUGAUGGAUAUAUGUAUCCAAAAUCAGUGCAAAAACAAAAUCCCGCAAAAUCUGCGAUGAGAGGGCCAAAAGUUACUCACAGCUUUAACCACAGAGCUACGCCGAAUGGUCAUGAAAUGGAAUUCUCAAUGCAACAUGAUAUGUACCGCCCCAAGCCACGCUCUAAACCAAAACCAAAGCCUGAACCAAAGAAAGAACCAGAACCAGAAUCUUCUGCUGAUCCUGAACCAGAACCUUAUGAAGGCAUUGAGGCGUGGGACAAAAAAACUUUGAUUGAGAAUGUUAUAGCUGCUUACAAGGAUACAUGCAAAAGCUCCGAUAUUGUCAUUUUUUCACCAGAAUCAAAGCUUAAAUUGGUCUCAUCGGUCAAAAAAAUGCCGCUAGAGGUUAAUGAUUACCCUUGGGUUAUGAAUGUCGAAAUGUUUUGCACCUUGAAUUUUUGGCGUGUACAUUCCUGCUUCAGCAUGCCCUUGGAGGAUGGAUUCAAAAAGGCUCUAAUUAAAAAUGGCAUCGAUUUCACUGAUGGGUUAAAAUAUCUAUAUUAUAAUCCAUUUAUAACUUCUAUUUUAGUGGAGCGCAUGGACCUAGUUGCUCAUUGA